AUGGCUAGCGUAAAAUCCAUGCAAACCGUCACGAACUUCUACCUGACCAAUCUGGCCGUGUGUGAUAUGCUGUACCUGUUGUCUACAUCCUACGAAAUUCGGGCUUACGUCAUAUCCGGCACCGUGACCCGUAACACUCUCAAAGAUGGCCACAUCUCGUGUUUGACACUGCUUUUCGAGAAUCUCUUCUAUCUUGCCUCUGUGGCAUUCGUCACUCUGGUCACGAUGGAGCGAUUCUUUGCCAUCUGCCAUCCGAUAAAGAGCUUGGCCCUCAACCGCCGUGGGUGCACCAUUAAGCUAGCCGUGGGUGCCUGGGUGGUCACUCUGCUCGUAGCAUUCCUGUACACCAUUCAGUUUAUCUACCUGCGGGGAAUCUGCGUCGUCUGGCCUGACGGGGAGAGCUAUGCUCACUUACCAAAGGUGGUGGGUCGGUGUAAUGGGUCUCUCAUUCCGAAGCAUUUUACCAUCUUCCCAGUCAUCAUCCGGGGCUGCAAGACGAUCACGUUCCUGGUACCUUUCAUCUGCUGUUGCUACAUGUGCGUCAGGAUCACUGCAGCGCUGGGUAAGAGGCCUAUCCCAUCUGCGAGGACUGGCGCCGGCUCAAGCGGCAAUGCGGAGCGGGUCCGUCAUCAAGUUACACGAAUGUUGCUCAUUAACACCUCGGUGUUCUUCUUCUGCAACAUUCCGAGUGGUGUAUUGCACGUCAUUCGAUUCUCUGCACUGGUUUCCGGGGUGUCGUUUGUCUUCGAAGGCACAGUCACCACCAUCGGCCAUAUCGCCAUCAUCUGUACCCUUGUUAACUCAGCGAUCAACCCAAUCAUCUAUAACGGGAGCAAUCCCCAUUACCGCCAGGCGUUUCUCUAUGCCUUUACGGCGCGGCUGAGGUACGAGCGCGGCGGACGCAGCGAGCAAUCCUCCCAGCCGUCAACCGUAAGUCAGCGAAGGGUUGCGGUGUCAACAGUAACGACGGGAGACACCUCAGACAAGUAA